AUGCGCCUCCUCGCCAUCCUCCUCCUCGCCGUAGUGGCCGCGGCCGCCCCCAAGACGACGCGCAAGCCGGCCCCCACUGCCUCGUCAGACGCCGCAGUCGCGGCAGGCAUUCCGCUCUGGCGCCGCGAACCCUCCAUCGAGAAUCUUCCACCCACUGCGCACGCCGGGCCUGCCAACGACCAGAACGGGCCCCACUGCGGCAAGAGGGCGAGGGGAGGCGGGCCGCCCAAAUGGCGGCGCGACAAGCAUUACGCACGCGGGUGUGCCGGCGUGAAGGCUGCGGGCGGGCACGCGCGUCGUGCGCCCGAGGCUAAGGAGGACGACGCGGCUGAGACGAAGGACUCGCACGCCCCCCAGCACGGAUACGGCGGGAUCGUCGGCGCUCUCCUUGGUUGGUGA